AUGUCUGCCGAGGCGAGCAGUGACGAUGGCGCCGAUGAUCGGUGCCCAGCAUGCACUGAUGAGGCACUCGACAAGUCACUGUGGGUCGCAUGCUCGCACUGCGAGACGUGGUUCCAUGUCGCGUGCCUGCGCCUCGACAAUGUCGACGACUACGAUACAUGGUAUUGUGCGCCGUGUGUAUCCAACCCCUCGCUGCAGCUGACGCCCCGCAUGCGGCGCAGGUCGGCGCGUGAGCGUGAUGCGACGGACUAUGCGGCCAUUCAGGAGGGGCGUCCGUCCGAUCCGCUUGGACGUUGGGCGCGUCUGCUCGCGGAGUACGACGCGUGUCCCACGGCGGUGCGGCGCGUCGAUGGUGCAGCAUGGACGCAAGCAUGGAUGGAAUCUGCGCCGGGCGCGCUGGACGCGCCUACGCUCGUGCCCGCGUGUGAUGACGCCGAGAACCCCGGCUCUCAUAUCCCUGGCAUGCGUAUUCCGCCACGCUCCACGACGAUCCGCGACGUGGCGCGGCUCGUGGGGCCUGAUACGCACGUCGAAGUGAUUGACGUCAAGACACAGCGGUCGUCGCGUGCGUGGACGCUGAGCGAGUGGGCCGACUACUUCGAGACGCCGCCGGCCGAGCGUGCGAAGCUCUUGAAUGUCAUCAGCCUGGAGAUCUCGGGCACGCCGCUGCAGGCGCUCGUGGAGGCGCCCCGCAUGGUGCGCGAUAGCGACUGGUUCGAGCGCGACUGGCCGCGCGAUCGGCGGCCCCGCGCCGAGGACUCGGCCAAGUGGCCCAAGGUGCAGCGGUAUGUGCUCAUGGGCGUGCAGGGCGCCUUUACCGACUUUCACAUCGACUUUGCCGCGACCUACGUGUACUACCACGUUGUGUGGGGCCACAAGGUGUUCCUGUUUGCGCCGCCGACCGCCGCGAACCUGGCAGCGUACAAGGCAUGGACGUCGUCGGCGCGGCAGGAAAGCGAGUGGCUGGGCCAUGCGUUGCGCGACGUGACUCGUGCGGAUAUCCGCACGGGCGAGACGAUGCUCAUUCCUGCCGGCUGGAUUCACGCUGUGCACACGCCGUGCGAUACCCUGGUCAUUGGCGGCAACUUUCUCGCUGACUAUGAUGUGGCGAUGCACUUUCGCAUCGAGGCGCUCGAAAUCGCGACGCGUGUGCCGCGCAAGUUCCGCUUCCCGCACCUGAUCCGCCUCGCCUGCGUCCAAGGUAGGCCACGCGGCGCACGAGGCCGUGCCUCGCGAUGCAGUGCCGGAUCCCGCGGCUCUUGUGCAGCAGCUGCAGGCGCAACUCGCCGAUCCCGAGCGCUCUGCGAAGCGCGCGCGUAG